CUCUCUAGACACCCCCAGUUUCCUUGUGCGAGUGGCCCAGGGCCUCUCCAAGCUUCCACCAUCCUGGAGACAGCCACAUUCUCCUAAAGGCCACCCCCACCCCAAGUCUCCGUGGGCCUGGGGCGCGGCAGUAUGGCAGCAGGCGUGGCCACAUGGCUGCCUUUUGCAAGGGCGGCCGCGGUGGGCUGGCUGCCCCUGGCCCAGCAGCCCCUGCCCCCUGCGCCGGGGGUGAAGGCAUCUCGAGGGGAUGAGGUUCUGGUGGUGAACGUGAGCGGACGGCGCUUUGAGACCUGGAAGAACACGCUCGACCGCUACCCAGACACUCUGCUGGGCAGUUCUGAAAAGGAAUUCUUCUAUGACGCCGAUUCAGGCGAGUACUUCUUUGAUCGCGACCCAGACAUGUUCCGGCACGUGCUCAACUUCUACCGCACGGGCCGACUGCACUGCCCACGGCAGGAAUGCAUCCAGGCCUUUGACGAAGAGCUGGCCUUCUAUGGCCUGGUGCCUGAGCUCGUGGGCGACUGCUGCCUCGAAGAGUACCGGGACCGCAAGAAGGAGAACGCCGAGCGCCUGGCGGAGGACGAGGAGGCCGAGCAGGCCGGGGACGGCCCAUCCCUGCCGGCUGGCAGCUCCCUCCGGCAGCAGCUCUGGCGGGCCUUCGAGAACCCACACACGAGCACCGCGGCCCUCGUUUUCUACUACGUUACCGGCUUUUUCAUCGCUGUGUCGGUCAUCGCCAACGUGGUUGAGACCAUUCCGUGCCGCGGCCCUGCACGGCGGUCCCCGAGGGAAGAGCCCUGUGGCGAGCGCUUCCCGCUGGCCUUUUUCUGCAUGGACACGGCCUGUGUACUCAUAUUCACAGGUGAAUACCUUCUGCGGCUGUUCGCCGCCCCUAGCCGUUGUCGCUUCCUGCGGAGUGUAAUGAGCCUCAUCGACGUGGUGGCCAUCCUGCCCUACUACAUCGGGCUCCUCGUGCCCAAGAACGAGGAUGUCUCGGGCGCCUUUGUCACCCUGCGGGUGUUCCGGGUGUUUCGUAUCUUCAAGUUCUCCAGGCACUCACAGGGCUUGCGGAUUCUGGGCUACACACUCAAGAGCUGUGCCUCUGAGCUGGGCUUUCUCCUCUUUUCCCUUACCAUGGCCAUCAUCAUCUUCGCCACUGUUAUGUUUUAUGCUGAGAAGGGCACAAACAAGACCAACUUUACUAGCAUCCCCGCGGCCUUCUGGUAUACCAUUGUCACCAUGACCACACUUGGCUACGGAGACAUGGUGCCCAGCACCAUUGCUGGCAAGAUUUUCGGAUCCAUCUGCUCACUCAGUGGCGUCUUGGUCAUUGCUCUGCCUGUGCCAGUCAUUGUGUCCAACUUUAGCCGCAUCUACCACCAGAACCAGCGUGCUGACAAGCGCCGAGCACAGCAGAAGGUGCGCUUGGCCAGGAUCCGGUUGGCAAAGAGUGGUACCACCAACGCCUUCCUGCAGUACAAGCAGAACGGGGGUCUUGAGGACAGCAGCAGUGGGGAAGAACAGGCGCUGUGUGUCAGGAGCCGUUCUGCUUUUGAGCGGCAACAUCACCACUUGCUGCGCUGUCUAGAGAAGACAACGUGCCAUGAGUUCACGGAUGAGCUAACCUUCAGUGAGGCCCUGGGCGCCGUCUCGCUGGGUGGCCGCACCAGCCGCAGCACCUCUGUGUCCUCCCAGCCAGUGGGGCCUGGCAGCCUGCUAUCCUCUUGCUGCCCCCGCAGAGCCAAGCGCCGUGCCAUCCGCCUUGCCAACUCCACUGCCUCGGUCAGUCGUGGCAGCAUGCAGGAGCUGGACACGCUGGCAGGGCUGCAGAGGAGCCCUGCCCCUCAGAGCCGCUCAAGCCUCAAUGCCAAGCCCCAUGACAGCCUUGACUUGAACUGCGACAGCCGGGACUUCGUGGCUGCCAUCAUCAGUAUCCCCACCCCUCCUGCCAACACCCCAGAUGAGAGCCAACCUUCCUCCCCUGGCGGUGGUGGCAGUGGGGCCAGCAGCACCCUCAAGAACUCCAGCCUGGGUACCCCUUGCCUUCUUCCCGAGACUGUCAAGAUCUCUUCCCUAUGAGGGACGGGCCUGCCCAUCCAGAGCGCUCUCCCAAUUCUUGGGGGAAGGGCAAAGCCAUAUUUUGGGGAUGCAGAGAAGGGCAGCCUGUGGACCCCUUCUGCCCCCCACUGAGAACUAUGCAAUGGAGUUUCAUGGAAUGGCCCACCUGGUGGAGAAAUAGCGAGGGAAAGGGAAACUUCCCCUACCCCAGACAGUUUUCCUUGUGGGAGCUGAAGCACCGGACUUCCUCAGGCCCCCAGCCUCCUGGCCCCAGCACACUGGGACUGGCCCCUCUACCCAAGCGGGCCUCCUGCAUUGCUCCUCCCUUCAGGAGUUCUGGCCCAAGAAGAAGAGGUGAACCUUCCUCUUCUCUCUGGCUGAGCUGUGGAGGUUUGGGGGUUCAGAGAAGAGAACCCUCACUUCUGAUCUGGCCUCUAGAAGAAGUCCCCACCCUCCACCGGGCCCAACAACUCUCAAAUUCCGAAGCUUGGAAUGCAACCACAGGCUUCAUGGGCUGUGGCCUCAGCAGUGACCUUGGUUCAGGGGUCAGGCUGCCU